AUGGCACUGGCUAAUGCUGCAGUGGUCGGUCCUUCUCUGUACGGCGUUUCUCGUAUCACCAAGGCUCCAUUUCUUGGCUCCCAUGGCGAUGCUGGUUCUGGAUAUUGUGGUUCUUCGUUUUGCAUCGGGUCACACGCUGGGAAAAGUGAUGUUAUUCUUGAAAGGAGGAAGUUGAAGUCUGUUGACAAUAAUAAUACUAUUAACCGGAUUGUUGAAAAUCCACAUGUGAAGUCCAGUGUUGAAAUUCCAGUUUCUUGCUAUCAGCUUAUUGGUGUUCCCGAUCGAGCUGAGAAAGAUGAAAUUGUUAAAGCAGUUAUGAGUUUAAAAAAUGCAGAAAUUGACGAAGGCUACACAAUGGGUGUUGUUGCAUCUCGCCAGGAUCUUCUGAUGGAUGUUAGGGAUAAGCUCCUUUUUGAGCCAGAAUAUGCUGGUAACCUGAAGGAAAGGAUUCCCCCUAAAUCUUCCCUUCGUAUUCCUUGGUCUUGGUUGCCUGGUGCUCUAUGCCUUCUUCAAGAGAUUGGAGAGUCAAAGUUUGUGCUGGACAUCGGAAGAACGAGUCUUCAGCAUCAAGAUGCAAAGCCGUAUGCAGAUGAUUUAGUUCUUUCUAUGGCACUAGCUGAGUGUACAGUUGCGAAGAUUGGCUUUGAGAAGAAAAAAGUAUCUCAAGGUUUCGAAGCUCUUGCUCGUGCUCAGUGUCUUCUAAGAAGUAAACCAUCUCUUUCAAAAAUGACACUCCUAUCUCAGAUCGAAGAGUCACUUGAAGAGCUUGCACCUGCUUGCACCUUGGAGCUACUGAGCAUGCCAAAUACCCUUGAAAAUGUUGAACGAAGACGAGGAGCAAUUGCAGCUUUGCGUGAAAUGAUUAGACAGGGUCUUGAUGUUGAAGCCUCGUGCCAAAUACAGGACUGGCCUUCUUUUCUAAGCCAAGCAUUUGGCAAUUUACUGGCUAGUGAGAUAGUUGAUCUUCUUCCUUGGGAUAGCUUAGCUGUGAUGCGAAAGAAUAAAAGGACAAUUGAAUCACAGAAUCUAAGGGCAGUAAUUGAUUCAAACUGUUUCUAUAGAGUUUUUACAGCCCAUAUGGCACUUGGGUUUUCCAGCAGGCAAAAAGAGUUGAUUAACAAAGCAAAAAGCAUAUGUGAAUGUCUGAUAGCUUCAGAGGGCAUUGAUCUGAAAUUUGAAGAAGCUUUUUGCCUAUUCCUUCUUGGACUAGGCACAGAGGCUGAGGCAGUUGAAAAGCUGAAGCAGCUUGAGCUGAACUCAAAUCCAAAACAUAAUUCAGUCUUGGGGAAGGCAAUAAUGGAUGCUUCAGCUGCAAACCCAUCAUUGGAAUUGUGGCUGAAGGAUUCUGUGCUUGAUUUGUAUCUGGAUACUAAAGGUUGUUCUCCAUCUUUGGCCAAUUUCUUUAAUACUCAAAAGAAAAUUUCUGGAAGCAAGAAUUCUAAAGGAUCUCCACAAAUAUUUCCUGCUAUAUGUCAUAGACCUCUAUCCUCAAAUGGUUCUGUAGAACGAAAAGAUUUUGAGGAACCUCGCUCAUAUACGAGCUCUUCCCCAUAUUUGGGGUUUGCUGUUAAGCAGCUGACUCCUACUGAUUUGCAGGGUUCACUGCUAUCCGGAAAAAGUGAAAAUGGACACAACCCUAGUGAGCCAGCUGUUAAAGUGAACAGGAACCUUGGUACUCAUCACAAGGGAAUUUGGGAUAAUCUAUUAACCCAUGCUCAAGUAUUUGAAAGAAUAACUUACAUUACUGUAUUUGGUUGUGUUGCAUUUGCUUCUAUGAAGUUGUUCGGAAUGAACCUGGGCAAGACUGUUACUGGUUCUAACUGGGCUUUCACAAAAGCCAAUAAUUGCACUUCUUGGGCUGCAAAUUCAUCUGCCGACUAUACACUUGGUCCUACAUAUAUUAGGCGAAGCUCUAUUGCCAACCAACUGAAGAAAAUCAUGUCAACAGUUAAGAUACAGUUUUUGCACCUGCCAGAUGCUGGAAGUCGAAGUGAUUUACACAGUGCUCAUACCUCAUCAUCCUCCCCUAUUAAUGUGUAUAGGAGGCUAAUGCCUGUGGAAGAAGCAGAAACCCUUAUUAGGGAAUGGCAAACAAUCAAAGCUGAAGCUUUGGGGCCUAGCCAUGGAGUAAAUGGUCUAGCUCAAGUCCUUGAUGAAUCUAUGCUUGCUCAGUGGCAAGCCUUGGCCGAUGCUGCAAAAGAAAAAUCUUGUUACUGGAGAUUUCUUUUGCUAAAAUUGUCUGUCCUUAGAGCUGACAUUCUAUCAGAUGGAAAUGGAUCAGACAUAGCCGAAAUAGAAGCCCUUUUAGAGGAAGCCGCUGAACUAAUUGACAGUUCUCAGCAAAAGAACCCAAACUACUAUAGCACUUACAAAGUUAAGUAUGUUGUGAAGAGGCAAGAGGAUGGGUCAUGGAAGUUCUGUGAAGCCGAUAUUCGAACACGAUGA